GAAAAUAUCCAGUAUUGCUUCGAAUAACGCGGAAGACUGUCUUAUUUUGUAACGUUGAAACUUUAACUGCAUGAUACCUAUUCGACGUAAUAUUUAGAGAGUAAUUAACUAAAUAAAGUUUAACUGGUUCGCUGAACAUGUUGGGCGUGAACAUGAAAUCAAUUGUUGUCUUUCGGCUAAAGUGCUUUAGUCUUACCCUCGCCAUUAUUUGUGGAGUUGCAGCCGUUAGCUCCAAUUUCGAUGAACGAAAACCGGCUUCGCAAUAUGGAAGAGCACCACUUCUUGAGAGAUUUGCGUGGAAGGAUCUUGACUGGGCUUAUCCGGAUGAAGGGAGCAGACAGGCCGCUAUAGAAAACAACGAUUUUAUACCCGAGAGUGCACUUCCAAUUGGAAUAGAAGUAUGGAGAAACAAACUAUUUAUCGGUGUACCAAGAUGGACUGAUGGUAUACCAGCAACGCUAAAUUACAUAUCUCUCGAUAGAAAUGGCCGGGGAUCGCCAAAAUUAAACCCUUAUCCAAGUUGGAGCAAAAAUGUUGCUGGGGCUUGCAAUACCGGUUUCACUAACGUUUACAGAAUGCAUGCCGAUAAGUGCAAUCGACUCUGGGUCCUUGAUACUGGUACGUUAGGUUUGGGUCCUGCAACGGUCCAAGUAUGUCCAUAUACCCUAAACAUCAUCGACCUGACUACUGACAAGGUUUUACGACAGUAUCAGCUACGAGCAGAGGACCUCAAACCGAGCACCUUAAUCUCUUACAUCGCAGUGGACAUAGGCAACGGUGGUUGCAACGACUCUUUUGCUUACUUGCCCGACCAGCUGGGUUACGGUCUCAUAGUCUAUGAUUGGAAAGCAAACAAAUCUUGGCGGGUGAGCCAUGACUUUUUUUUCCCAGAUCCAUUGGCCGGCGAUUACAAUAUUGCUGGUGUAAAUUUCCAAUGGGGUCCCGAAGGAAUUUUUGGCAUGGCUCUUUCACCAAUCGCCAAAGAUGGAUUUAGAACUUUGUAUUUUCAUCCUCUCAACAGUAAUAGAGAGUUUGCUGUUUCAACGAGAGUUCUCAGGGAUGAGGACCUUUCAGCAAACAGUUAUCACGAAUUCCAGGCACUUCCUGAGCGAUACAUGGGCCAUUCAACAGCAGAAGCCAUGGAUGACAAUGGUGUCAUGGUUUUUAAUUUGAUUGACCAGAAUGCCGUGGGAUGUUGGAAUUCAUUACUACCAUAUGGCCCGCAAAACCACGGAAUAAUAGCUAGACAUGACCAAGCUUUGAUUUUUCCAGUCGAUAUAAAAAUUGUUCAUGGAGUUGUUUGGAUGAUGUCGAAUCGCUUGUCAAUAUGGGGGUUUUCUGAAAUGGAUUAUAACGAUGUAAACUUCAGGAUCAUGACGGUACCUUUGCAAGACGCGAUCGCUGGUACAAUUUGUCAAAAUACCCAAUGGCAGUACGGAACGAUGAACAACAUGGUUAUCUGGAAUCAGUGAUCAGAACAACACCUAUUGCUUGCUGAAUAAUGUAAAUUAUAUAAAAAAUAAACAUUUUCUGCAACGAA